AUGUUAAAUACUCCAACAAGCCGACCUGGCUUGGAUAAACCCAAAACAGAAGUUAAAAAUGAAAGUGUAGCAAAUAAGGAGACUGAAACCAUUGUCAAAGAGGAGAUAAAGAAAGAUGUUGAGUAUACGAAUGGAAAACCUGCACCCAAGGCUGUUUCUGGCAGGGAUAUUAUCGCUAAAUACAAGAAAGGCGAUCCAGUGGCUCUAGUCUCGUACAAGAAGAUUUGCAAUGCUCUUUCCAUUAUGGAGAAGUGGGAACCAACAGCUAAGAUUCAUCUUCUGGAGCAGUUUGUAGAUCUGAGCGAUAUUUUCGAUGAUAAAUGUAUGACGAUUGUCAAUUGCCUAGCAAGUCUUUCAUGGGCAUCAAUUCCUAGCGAAAUCUUCCCACGGUACCAAACUUUACUUUGUGAUAUUGCGUUACGUCAGGUGUGUCAUACUCAGACCAUAUAUACGAGUGCGGUUAAAAACUUAAUUCCUAAGUCAUCGAAAGUUGUGAAUGAAGAAAAUGUUGAAUCCGUUGAUGUUACUGUUGAAGAACAGGAAAAAGUGUAUGUAUAUGCUCAUCAAAUAAUUGCUCGAAUUUAUGAAUGCCUACCUAUGUCAUGUAAAAUGUUAAGUAAAUGCGUUAAAGUUAAUUUUCCUCAUUAUUCUCAAAAAACGGAGAUCCUCGUAGGCUACCUUAGGAACGUUAUCCAAAUUACCGAAUACACGACUAGAAUAUCUAAUGAGUUAUGGGAAACUAUAAUUGAAAAUGUUCUUCAAUGUGACGUUUUCCUCACGAAAAAGGAAUCUGAAAAUGAAUCCGGUCUUUCAACCCUUUUUUCCCUUAAAAAUGAAACGGAGGAAGAAACAGGAAAUUCUAAUAACGUCGGAGGAAAACUAUCCGUUCUCGGGGGCGCUAUACGUGAUAUAUUAGUCUAUCUUUCAAUUAAACAUACAAAUAAACCUAUUGAAAACAUCGAUUCUUCUUGGUUUCGUCCAGGAAGUUUGCUCAAAGCUGAUGAUAGCUUUAAAAGCUUUCUGGCCAUAUUAGAAAGUAAAAUGCUUAUGUCUGUUCAUGCUCGAUUCUCUUCAUUCAUUUGGUUCUAUCUGUGUUCUCUCGAAGAGAGUUAUCCAGAACGUAUUUUGGAUUUUCUUUGGACAGUUAUAACUCGUCCCCAACGAGCUCAAUCAGAUGCUAAAAAGGCACAAGGUGCUGCUGCUUACAUGGCAGCUUUUCUGGCGCGAGCAAAAUACCUCAAGAUUGGAGUAACUUUUGAUUGGAUGUCUCGCAUUUUUAAAUGGUUGUUGCAAUAUGUUGAUCAAUCUAGUGGAGUCAUGACCUCGGGUGGAAGUAGACACGGAACUUUCUAUUCUUUAUGUCAAACUUUCUUCAUUGUUUUCUCAUUCCGUUAUAAGGAUCUCGUCAAAUCAGCAGAUAUGGAAGAAAUUCGACGCUGGGGAUUAGGAAGAGUUGUUCAUUCUGCUCUAGAACCUUUAAAAUUUGUUAGCAAACCUGUUGGUCUUUGUUUUGGAGCAAUAACUAGGUCUCUUCAAUUGGUCUAUUGCAAUCACGUUUUACCAGUCGAUUACUCUGUGAACAAACCUUUUGAAGAAAUGUUCCCAUUCGAUGUUUAUAGACUCCAAGAGACAGCAUUCUUAAUAUCACCUUUAAUGAGAAAAUUCUCUCCCUUCGCGGAGGAUAUAUCAAUGCUUUCAAGUGCUUUGAGUACUUCCAAAGAAGGACCUAACGAUGAAAAUGAUAUGGAUUUCUUAGAUAAUGAUGAUGACGCGCUCAUACACGGGUCUUACAGAGAACGAAGUAAUACUCUUUCAAUGUGCGGAGCUCAAAGUUCGAUGUUCACAGUAUAUUCAUCUAGUCCAGGAUUACGUCAAUAUGACUCGUCUUAUACACGUUAA